UGCACCUACUCGUUCUUCUAAGUUCUCUGGUUAGACAGCCAUCAACAACGCGUGACCACAACUCGAUAACUUGAGUGGAAAUCACAAAUGCAACUUUGCAGAGUUAUUUAUAAAGCAGAUGGCAACAUUCAACCUACACUAUCUGUCAUGCUGACGUACCUUCAUCUUUCCUUUUCAUCACGCAUCGUCCAGCUGUAAGCACGUCAUCACUAUUUUUACAUCCCACAUAUUGGUGACCCCGACGGAAGCAAAAAUGGCCGAAGAGGACGCGCUAAAUCAGUUGGCAAAAAAUUUGCAGCCUCGCAGCGUGGAAGUUGCUAGAGUGUCCAUUAAAAUUCUUCCAUUCUGGCACGCAAAGCCAGAACUUUGGAUCGCACAAGUGGAGUCACAAUUUAUUGCUGCAUGGAUAACGAGCAAUAAGACCAAGUAUCACACUGUCGUGGCCGCAAUAGAAAGCAACGUGCUAGCACAAAUAUGUGACAUUAUUUUCAAUCCACCGAACAGCGACAUGUACCUAAACACUAAAAAAUCGCAUAAUUACGAAAUUCACAGACUCCGAGCAAAAACGUGUAAAAAGCUACUACAAGAACAAGAGCUUAGUGACAUGCGUCCAUCACAACUCUUGCGCGAGAUGCGUAGUUUAGCAGGCAGCGAAAUAAGCGAUAACAUACUCAAGUCUAUUUGGAUGAAUCGGUUACCUUCCAACAUGCGACUAAUAAUUUCCAUCAGCAACGAUCCCCUGGACAAAGUAGCUCUGCUCGCAGAUAAAAUAAGUGAGAUUAGCGACACACCACAUGUACACGCGGUUGAAGCCCAACACACAGCCACACACGCGCAAUUCAGCAUCGAGCAAAAACUAUUAUAUAGUGAAGCUCUGGGCAUUCUGGGUCGAGAAUGAACAACAACUUUGUUAUAUGUGACACCGUGACUUUUACUGAACAGUUCAUUCAAUUGAAAUUUGUUCAUUUCUUUUGUAUUGAAUAGAUUUUAGAACUUUUUCAAUUGGUGUCCAGAAACUGAGGAUGAGGCUUUUUUGAUCGUCCUAUCAAACCAACAGAAGGUUCCAAAAAUUUUGUCCACAGAGUUGUUCGAAAAGAACAAGGAAAUGAAUUUGCAUAAGUUGUCCAGCUGCCCCAUUAACCCUUAUGUUAGUAACCAACUUUACCGACGUCUUUUAGCAACCUGGUACUAAGUAUUAAAAAUUUUGUUUAUUUUAUUUAAAAAAAAAUUUUAUUCAAAUAUUAAUAGUCAGUGACAAUUUAAAGAAAAAAAUAAUAAUAGCAACGUAGAAUCGUGAAUAACAUCUGAAACCUAUUUGGGACACCCCAGGUAGUCGGCCGGCUUUUAUUGUUCGGAGGCGAGCAGAUGCCGUUCGAGAGAGAAAGAAAAACUCAAGGUUAUUUUUUGUUUUAGUAUGUAACAGAUUGUUGGUGGGAUUAGACGGGUUUCAUUUGGUGUUCUCUUGACAGUGAAAAAUAAAGCUAUGGAACAAUUAUCGAGAGCUGACUAUCCUCGUGCAGCCGAAUGGAAUGAGUACUUAAGGAAACUACUUGGAGAACACGACAGUGGUUCGAGUAGGGUUUCUGAUAGCGAUGACGAAGACUGGAUUCCAGCAAAUAGAGCUAGAUAUCAAAAUCAACAAGGUAAUUCAGUGCGUGACGAACCAGAAGAUUCUGAAGAUACAGAAGAAAUCGCUGAAGAGAAUUCAGCAGUAGAAGAAGAAGUUGAGAGUAGCGAGAGUGAGGAUGAUGACAAUGAAGUAGAAACAGCUGAGCCUGAAGGAAGAGCUCAAGAACCAUCUGGAAGUUUUAUUGCCAAAGAUAAAAUAGUGUGAAACAAAACUCCACCAACUCAGCAUCACACCGCAGCUCAUAAUGUUGUACGCCAGCGGAGUGGGCCUCAUCGCAGUACGGAAACGUUGUCAAUUAGCGAGACUUUCAAACAAAUUUUUACCUACGAAAUGGUUGAUAUAAUCGUCCGUCACACUAAUAAAAAAGCUAAAACAAUUUUCCAAGAGUACAAUGCUAACCAUCCAAACUCACAGCAUCAAUAGAAGUCCGUUACGAUACCCGAAAUUUAUUCGUUCUUCGGUAUCUUGAUUUGCGCUGUAGCAAAUAAUUCGAAUACAGAUCAUACAUUUGACAUGUGGCACUCCAAUUCUUAUCCGCUGUAUGGCGCGACGAUGGGAUUGACGACAUUCCAUAAUGUUCUGCGUUUUUUUCGAUUAGACGGUGGUAAUACUCGAAGUGAACGUAAAAAAGAAGAAAAGACAGCUCCAAUUCGUGAUGUGUGGUAUAAAGAUCUGGUGGAUUUGUGAUCCAGAAAACGCAUAUACUUUGCAAGCGAUUAUCUACACUGGUAAAACAGAUAAUACUCGAGAAAAAAAUCAGGGUGAAAGAGUAGUGAAAGAAUUGGCGGCUCCGUACCGAGGUAGUGGUAGAAACAUCUGCAUGGAUAACUUAUUUAGUACUGUACCAGUUGCUAACCAUUUGUUGUCGUGGAAUAUUACUAUUAUUGGCACGCUUAAAAAGAAUAAACCUUACAUCCCUAGUAUUAUGGGAGCGAAUGAGACACGGGAGCAGUAUUCGACAGUUUUUGGAUUUCACGAAAAGGUUACCAUGUGUUCCUACGUUCCUAAAAAAAAUAAUUAUCAUUCUGAUAUCGACAAUGCAUUCUGAUAUAUCAGUUGGUGAUGACGCUAAACGAAAACCAAAAAUAAUAAAUUUGUAAAAUAAAUAUAAAGCUGGAGUUGACACAAUGGACCAAAUGGUGCGGAGAUACACUAGUCAACGACGAUCUUCGAGAUAGCCAAUGGCAAUGUUCUUCAACAUGCUAGAUAUUUCUUCACUUGCGGCAUAUAUAAUUUAUUAUGAAAAUAAUAAAAUGAUUGU